GUUGGCACCAUCAACAGAUUUCUACGUUUUAUUAUUUGUGUUCCACAAAUCGUGUCGCUGAUGGGAGGUAUUUCUCGGUGACCCCGUCAUGGAGGAAUUCUGCUGAGUUGUGUACACCACAGAAGUGGGCUGUACCAAGUCACGCCACCAGUUGAACUGUUGGUCCUUUGGCGUUGUGCUUUUUUAAUUGAGAGUUUGCAACGGCCUGGGACGAGCCAUGAAUACCUGUUGUCCAUGCCUGCUUCCAGCAAUAGUGUUGUAACAAGUCCUUGUGUGUUUACUCCCCGCGAACCUUGGACCGCACAGAAGGAAGGGAAUCCUGGGGAUCAAGAGCUGUUUUUAUGCUAUUCUGCUGAUGCCAUCCAAGGAACCAAUAGGCCAUCUGUUCACAAUUGGCCUCUAUAGACUGAAAGGGUUGAUUAAUGGAGUCUGACUACUUCUGUAAAGACUCAAGUGUUUCUACCUGCCAUGAACUUCAGUCCUGUAUUCUCCACCAGGGCUGUUGCUACUGUUGCAGGUUGACAACUUCUUGCGACUAUGGACAUUUCUUGAGUGAUGUGGGAAAAUUACUGUUUUUAGGUCAGCAGAAAAACUGAUUAAAGUAGGACAAGAAGACUGCUAAAGGAAACAGGUGGUUGAGAAAGGUCAGGGUUAGUUCAGCAUUGUUUUGUACUAAUUCUUCCAAUAGGAGCAGUUGUCCAAACAAAGUAGAUCAUUCAACUCGCCAGGAGCUUGUUGACACCAUUUCUACUGCAGAUUGCCUAUUGGAGGCACACUAAAAAGUGAACAAGGUAGAACAUUUACAUGCACUUGUAAGUUGCAUGUUUGUCGCUUUAUUAACUGCCAUUGGUCGAACAGGCAGUUUCAUUUCCAAGGCAGACAAGUCACCAUUUUUGUAGCUGCUUUUUCAAAACUGUAGCAGCAUCCAAGCUAUACUACAGCUCCAAAGUGUGGAUUCUGGCUCCAGGACACAGAUCUUUAAACAGUGGACCACUGUUUGCACUACGGAACCUCAUCUCGUGACUGUGUUGUGCAGGAGACUACAGAACAUCACAUGCCUGAAAUGUCAGCAAAGGUGCAAGUUACUGAUGGAGUAAUCAGCACACAAUGCCCGUAAACCCGUCAGUCUUUGUUGCCAAGACAAAUUAGCUCGCCAGUCUGUUCUUCAGAAGGUAUAAUUUAUGGUGUGGAAUCACUGUGGAUACAGUGGUAUUAACAAGAUGACCAGGUCAGAGGAGGAUCGCAUUAUGCAGAUGUUGACCAGACGACCGCGCCUCAUUCCCGGCCGUGCUACCAUGGCAGACUGUAUAUGGUUGCCAAACUCUGUUGCCAGAACAAGACAUACAACCUCUCCCAGUAGUAACCACUUCAACCGUGAGGACCUGUCUCCCCAGCGCCUGGACCGCAACCCCUCCUCUUCCACUACCUCAUCACAUGACUUCCGCACUCUGGAGGAGCGGGAAGAUCGACCAAUAGGAAGCCAGUAUGGUAUACCGCGGAUAGACCAAGAUAGAGCAUUUAGAUCUGAUGUGAAAUCAAAGGAUGGAGUAAAGUGGAACGCGUUCAAACCCACAUGGGAGCGGAAUGCAGGGAUCCACAGUUCCUCCUACAUCCUGCGGGAGACAGUAGUCCCCACUCCACACACUCCAUAUACCCCCCACACUCAGAUCAACGGCAUCUCGCUGUCCAGGAACAGUAACACAGGGAUGGGGCUGGGGAGAGGAGACGAGCUUCCAUUGGCUCUAGGAGCCUUGUCAUUGUCAUCUCCUGUCAGGAGAAGAGAGUCCAGUCCUAAAGCACCUCCCAAGUGGAGACUUGAAAGCAAAACUUCCAUAUCUUCACCAGCUGGUCAGAGAUCAAAGUACCCUGACCCAGUGUCUGGAGCACCUACCAACUUCCAGCAGAGACUAGCGGAGCUUUCCGUCCUAGAGCAGGACACGAUACGAUACGAGCGGACUAAAAAGUCAAAACGGAAGGCCAAACAAGACAGAGACUCCUAGGAACAUGUGUUUUGUCUUUUUUUAUGUUUCCAUGUGGUGUUUUCUUCCAAUCCAAGACACUGUUCGGAGCUUUGACGUUGUUACAUAGAUAUAUGUGUAUAUAUGGGAACUACGUAAGAAUGCAACGAGAGAGGGAAAGAAUGCCAGUCUAGAGAUACUGCAACAAUGGUACAGGAUCAGCUGAACAAAAAGUCAGAAAAUGCAGACAUACUCUCCUUGGACAUACCAGCACUGAUGGUUUAUAACUGUGCUGUAGCAGCGCCACCUAUCGAGUUACUUAUGAACUGCUGAAGAUAUGAAGUUCCUUUGGACUGCCCGGAGCACCGUGAUGUGCUGUGUGAAGCGCAAAGUGCAGCAACACCACCAUGUGACUGUUACUCAAACUGCAGCCAAAGCUGUGCAGUGAUGUGAACCAAAUAUUUUUGGGCUGCCUGGCUAAGGUUGCUUGCAUCAUCACUUGCAAAGGCAGUCAUCAUGAUGCCACUGAAACUGCUCACAAGGGAACGUUGUAGCUACAACCUCGGAAGUGAUUACCCACCACUGUAUCUACAAGUGUGAUAUGUUAUUAGAGGCCUGACCAAGUUACCAUGGUCCCACAUGGGCGCAGCAUCAUGGGAAGGGUGUGGGGACCAGCUGUGACUGCAGCAGCAGUUUUGCAAUGUACAUGUGUGAAUACCAGUGCCAAUCUAAUGUGCAUUAAUGCACACAACAGUGUAGAUCCGAGGGGUGUACAGAAACAAAUCUGCAAACAAAGGAGAAAGUAGAGGACCAAGGAUACACACGCACAUUUGGAAAAGUUAACAUUGGCACUCCAGUGCAACUAAGUAACAACACUUUUGGUUGGUCAAGAAAUGCAUUUUCAGUCUUCCCUCUGGAACAAACAGAAUCACUCAAAUUUAUAGUUAUUUGAAAAAAAUGUACUUCUUUUAUAUAGAAUGGUUCCACGCACAAGCUCACCCCUUUGAUGUACACUGUUGAGUGCGUUUCUGGCAUCUUGAUGUCUGUUAAGUGACGUUGAGAGUCUAUAGUGCCUAUAACGUUUGAACAGUGAUGGUAGAUAAAGUGUGUUCUUGUGCAGAUGUCAGUACGUUGUGAGUAGAUAAUGUGUUAGCAGCUAGCAUCAGCCCUACUCUGUGUGAUGUGUACUACUGUAGUAGGUAAACUUUGUUGUAACAAUUAGUACUGAUGUACAACAAACUAGACUUCUCAUAUUCAACAUGUAGUUCAUCGGAGCUGACUCCUCUGAAGGCAUGUGAAGCGCAGCUCUAUGUUUGAGACUUCUUGAAAUCUGUUCCUAUAUACUGGUUUAGUUCACUUCAAAUCCAACAAUUGUAGCCUUAAAUACUGUUAGCAAGAAAGGUACAAUGUAGCCACACUGUGCAUGUUGCAGACAGCCAUCAAGGUAUCAUUCCAGUAAGACGUUCAUAUAUGUCCACACAAAUUCUAGUUGGAAAGUCUAGUUCUAUUGGUGAGUACUUAUCGACUACUAGAUACUUCAGGCUGAAGUCUUAACCACUGGCAUUGAUGCAAAAUAUGUCAUCUGAUCAGCUUCAAAUGGCUAGGGUAGUGUCUGAAAAGGUUCACUGCUAACAUCAGUCUGCCCUGUUUUACACUCUAGCUCCUCUAUAGUCUGGCAUCUUUUAUUUUCUGCAAGUUUGCCAGAAAAAAUGUCAGGCAUUGUUCCAAGAACAACAUGAGAUGUGUAAGAAUAAAAUAUCAUGGAUAACA